AUGGAGGUCGAGGGCUUAACGGACACUGGAGCGAGUCCUGCGAGUAGCGUCAUCGCAGAUUGCUUGCAGAUUGUCAACAAUAUGGUGCGAGAUAAUCUCAUGACGCAAACGUUGUUCUUGGAGCUGUCAUACGUGGAGUCCCACGUCCCGAGGAUACUGCGACUGUCAGGUAUUGAUGGAGGCGACGAGGAGGAAGAUCCCGCCGCGUUGACACGUAGGAAGCGCGUCUUGAAGCUGGGACUGCAGUUGGUCCGUUUCCUAGUCGCAGCGCUGUACGAAGGAGCGAAGGAGUCGUCAUUGGAUGAAAUGGCACAGCGCGAUCGAGCUCGUAAACAGCAAGAACUCGCGAGGAUACAGAGUCUGGUGGCUCGACAAGAAGCGCUGAUGGGUGCAGUAGGCGAACUGGUGUGUUGUCAUAGCGAUGCAUUGACGGAUUUACGACUACAAGCUCUGGAUCUGCUACGACUCAUGAGCGAACAUAAUGGCGGAGCGCAGAUGAUCCUGGUGAACCUGUACGCGUCGCCCUCAGGACGCAAUGUGUUGGCCGAGCUGGUGAAUCUCGACGUGGGGAAUGAGAGUGACGAAUCGCCUGUAGCUGCUGCGGCCUCUGCGCUUUUGGAUGCGCUAUUCGAAGAGAACGAGGGCGCUCGGAUGGCGGUACUGCAGCAUAUCCAGAGUCCUCCGCCGCCGCCAAUCUCUGCAGCUGGAGACGGGGGAUACGAUACAGUCCCGUCUUCAGCUGGACGAGUCUUACUGGACGCAUUUAUGGUGAAUAUUGACUACAUUUUCCAGUGCAAUGACAGUGCUAGUGUUGACACACUGAAUACCAAGCUGGUGGUGGCUUGGAAAGCAAGUCAUCGACUUACAAAUCUGCUGGCUGAUAGUUCGUACUGCAAAGAACUGGCUCUGCGUGUACCGGCCGAGUACGACGACCCACAAGCUCGUGGUGUGGCUGGUGGAUUGUUCCUUUCGCGCUGUGUCCGACUGUUACGAUCGUCGGAACAAGAGUGGAGUGCUGCAGUCCAGUCUGUUGUCUUUCAAGCCAAACUGUCGCUAUUAUUGCUGCUAAUCCGAUGGUGUCAUGGCUGUCCUAAGGCUGUCCGAGAGAUUGUUGGGUCCGUGACAAACUUGUCUGUACUUUUAGACUCUCUGUCGGAGAACCAGACGUCUACAUCUCAGCGAGGAGCAGCGGAGACUACGCAGUUACGAGGCUUAGUUGCACUACUUCUUGGCUGCUGCUUGGAGUUCUUGUGUGAAGACGAAGAAGAACAGGCUUUAAAGAUCGCAAACACGACGGUAGCAGCUGCUGAUGAGCUGCCAGGACUGCAGAUGACUCGAGACCAACUGCUGCAAAUGAUCAGCAAGCGCGUGGGUCUCGAGCGGUUCACAGACGCCUUGGUGCAGUUCCAGCAAACCCCUGCAAUACUAGCAUGUGCUAGAACUAGCAAGACUCAGGGCUCGCGUGCUUUACUGGCCUACCGGGCAACGUACGACAUAAGCGACGUCAACGCUGAUGAAGGAUCAAGUGAAGAGGAGACUCACUACUUGUUCCUGCUGUAUGAACGAGCGUUCACGAUCUUCUAUCGUGAAAUGGCUGAGCAAAUCCAGAAGCGCGUCAUCGCAAUCUACACUGGAGUCGAUGGCAGAUCUGCUCGUGCGUCUGGAGACUCCGGCGCGCCCACUGCGAUGGGAGCCUACCAGGAUCUAAUUCGCAUGCAGGAUAAGCAGAUCCAUGAUCUGCAACGACAAGUAGAAGAGCUCAAACAACGCUCACAAUUAGAGCGAGAAAAAGCGGCUUUGGAAGCUAAAAACGAGACAAUGGCGACGUCAGUUCUCGAGAUGGAGACUCGCGUGAAUGGACUUUCGAUGGCGUACGAGCAGCUGGAACGAGAGCAUCAACAGCUCACCAUGUUGCAAGCCGAAUUGGAUGCAGAACGAGAAGCCCAUCGACGAGUGCGUAGUGACGCUGCAGCAAGUAAAGGGAGUGUGACAAGUCAAAUUCUACGGGAGAAAAGUGACGUUGAACUAGCACACGCUCGACUUCUGAAACAGCUUGAAGAACUUCGUGUAGCCAGUGAACGGAAGGACGAACAGCUCGCUGAAUGCAACCAGAUGCUCGAGACGCUGACCGAAGGUCAAUCACUUGUCAAGACUGACAAUGAGAGACUGAAGGCACAGCUUGCUGAGGCUUUAUCGAAGCGUGGCGAAGCAUCAGACACUGAAGUCAAGAGCUUUGUAGACGGACUAAUGGAGGACAAAGCACACUUACAGCGUCGUGUUGAAGAGCUGGAAGCUGCUGCACGUGCUGCUUACGAGAAAGACCAACAGGUCCUUGUUCAACGAAUCCAAGAAGUCGAACAAGCGAGACGUGCGAGUCCUCCGGUAAAUACCGAGGAUCCUCGUCUAAAGGAGCUUGUGUCUACUCAACUCGAAGAACUGAAGGAGUUGCGUGCUCUUGUCGUAGAAAUGGAGUCGGUAGCGAAAGACCGAGAAGCCAAGGUCCAGCAGGCCUCGUUCCUGCAGGAAUUGGUGGCAGGAUACGACGUGCAGUCACGACGUGACAAGGAGAAGUAUAACGCGAUGAUCCGCGAACUCGAGGACGAGUUAGCUCGCGCGUUCUUAGACAAGAAAGAGACUGGACGCAAGGCGAAGGCGGCUGUGAAAGAACUGGAGAAUGAGGUGGCGCGCUUGUUCCUCGCUAAGGUGGAGCUUGAGAAGCAACUGGCAAUUCAACAAGGUGGAGAGGUCAACCCAGUGGGGAAUGACGACGCUCACGCAUCCUUGAGGAGAUCUACAGCGUCAGAUACCAGCAACGACUCGACAAUUGACGACUUGCUGGUGCUGGUGGCAAGCUUAGAGAUCCAGUGCUCAGUAUUACGCGAGACGCUGAAGGAAACGCAGGGUGAAGACGCCGCUGCUGUGGCGACAGAGCUGUCCAGACAACGUGGAGCUGUUGUCUCCGUCUAA